AUGAUGCACCAAAACCAUAAUUCCAGUGCAAGUAUUGCAUGGUUGAAUCUAACGACUAACGAGACGAAUUCAGAUAUAAAUAAUACAAUUAAUCAACUUCAGCAUGUUGCUGGUUCAUUCAAAAUUUUUAAUGAUGCAAACGAGUGUAUUGAUUUUAUAACCAAUGUGACAGAUCAGGAAGUGUCUUUGAUUAUAUGUAAUUCGCGGAGUGAAACAUUCAUUUCAAUAAUUGAAGAUAUUCCUCAACUUCAUUCAAUCUAUAUUUUUGAUUAUCAACAACCACAAGGCCAGGUGUGGUCACAUAGAUAUAAAAAAUUGCGAGGGGUGUUUACCCAGCCUGAUUCUAUUAUCGACGCACUGAAACAAAAUAUUUCUAAUCAAUUGAAUGAUUUAGCACCAUUUAGUAUCGUUUCUAACACAUCAUCUUCCAAUCUUGAUGAACUAGAUCAGUCAUUCAUGUAUACACAAUUACUUAAAGAAACUAUUCUCGAUAUCAAACAUGAUGACAAUGCGAAAAAAGCAUUUACAGAUUUCUGCCUCACUCGUCUUGUUGAAAAUGAUCUACGAUUAGAGCCCUUACAACAAUUUGAGAAAAAUUAUGAUAAUCAUUCACCCAUAUGGUGGUAUACGAAAGAAGCAUUUGUCUAUUCCAUACUCAACAAAGCACUUCGAACUCAAGAUACAGAAAUGAUGAUCAAAAUGGCUUUUUUUCUUCGAGAUCUUCAUGCAGAAAUCAAGUAUAAGCAUUCACAAACAUCUCAUACGACAAACCUUACUGUUUAUCGUGGACAAGGAAUCAACACCAUUGAUGCCGAAAAACUAAAAAAUAACAAAGGUGGUCUUUUCUCAUUUAAUAGCUUCUUGUCUACAAGCACUGACCAACAAGUAUCAUUGAUGUUCGCCGACAGUGCUCGUGAAAAUCGUGAUUUAAUUGGUAUUCUAUUUCGAAUGACUAUUGAUCCAUCGAUAUCUUCCACACCAUAUGUAUCAGUCAGCGACAUAACUCAAUUUAAUGACGAAGAAGAAAUAUUGUUUUCCAUGCAUACUAUUUUUCGAAUAGGUGAAAUGACUGAGAUAGAUGAUCGCUUAUGGGAAGUUAAUCUGACAUUAACUAGUGAUACUGAUCCACAAUUGAAAUGUCUAACUGAUUACAUCAGACACGAAAUGAUGUCAGUACCUGGAUGGUUUCGUAUGGGUCUCCUCAUGCAGAAGAUGGGUGAAUUCGAGAAAGCACUCGACAUUUUUACUAUGUUACUGCAAACAAAACUUGAUGAUGACUUUGAUACCGAUGAGUUGCUACGAGCUACGAUUAAUAUACGUAUUGGUCUUAUGCAUGAAUUUACAGGGAUUCAUGCAAAUGCAUUAGACCACUUUGAUAAAUUACUUAAACUUCUUCAGGCCGUUCUUCCAUCUGAUAAUCCAAUUUUUGGCGUACUUUUUGGUGGUAUCGCUAAAGUAUACCUGUCAACGGGUAUUUUUAUCAUGUCUUUAUCCUAUCUUGAGAAAGCUCUUCAAAUCAUGGACACGUCUCUUCCACCUACUCAUCCAUACUUGGCUUUCAAUUACAACAGUGCUGCUGCAGUACAUCAAUCAAUGGGUAAUUAUAGGAUAGCAUUGUCCUAUGCUGAGAAAGUACUUGAAAUCAUGGAAAAAUCUCUUCCACCUACUCAUCCAGACUUAGCUUUGACUUACAACAAUACUGGCGCGACACAUCUAUCAAUAGGCAAUUAUAAGAUGGCGUUGUCAUAUAUUGAGAAAGCACUUGAAAUCUGGAGAAUAUCUCUUCCACCUAAUCAUCCAAAUUUAGCUCCAGGUCAUAACAAUAUUGGUAUGAUAUAUCAAUUAUUGGGUAAUUAUGUCAUGGCAUUGUCAUAUUUGGAGAAAGCAGUUGACAUCUGGAAGAUAUCUCUUCCACCGAAUCACCCAAGCUUAGCUACAGGUUACAAUAAUAUUGCUAGCGUACAUCAGUCAAUGGGUAAUUAUGACAUGGCACUAUUAUAUUUUGAGAAAGCACUUGAAAUCCAGAAGAAAUCUUUACCAGCUGAACAUCCAGACUUAGCUAUGAAUUACAGUAUUAUUGCUGAAGUACGUCAAUUAAUGGAUAAUUAUUCAUGA